AUGUCUGAAUUCCACUCACUCGCCAACCUCAUCAAACGACUCGAAGUUGCUACAACACGUUUAGAGGAUUUGGCCAUGUCUUCUUCCUCCGCUUCUGCUGUCGCUGCCAACUCGCCUUCUUCACCCAAGACUGUUGGCGCUGGUGCUGGUGCUGCUGCUGCUCCUUCAUCCACAUCAGAAACGCCUGCUCUCGUCGAGAAACACGAUGCUGCUGUUAACCCUUCUCUCGAAAAGUAUUUCAGUUUGUCUCAAGAGCUGGGUGGCCCUAUUGCCGAGCAGGCUAUUCUUGUAAAGCAAGCUGUUGCUGCUGAACGGGAUAUUCUCUAUAUUUCAGCCUUGGCUCAAAAGCCUGAGAUGGGCUCUGCUACAUUCAUGAAACUUCUCGAGCCUAUUCAAAAGGCUUUGGCCAGCAUCAUCGAGAUCAAGGAUGCCAAUCGUCCUAGUCCUUUAUUCAACAAUUUGAGCACUGUUGCUGAAGGUAUUCCUGCUUUGGGUUGGUUUACUUGUGAACCUACACCUGUGCCUUUUAUUCGCGAUAUGAAAGACGCUGCUCAAUUCUACUCUAACCGUGUUGUGAAGGAAUGGAAGGAAAAGGAACCCAAGCAUGUUGCAUGGUGCCAGUCCUUCUUGGCAUUCCUCGAGGAUUUAGCUGUCUAUGUCAAGGAAAACUUCCCAACUGGUUUGCCUUGGAACCCCAAGGGUGAUAAGCCCGAUGCUUUCAUUGGAAAAUCGCCAUCCAAUGCUGGCGCAUCUGCUGCUCCUGCUGCCCCUGCUGCCUCUGACGCUGCUGCUCCUCCCGCUGCUCCUCCCGCCCCUUCUGCUGGCGGUCCUCCUCCACCACCACCUCCACCACCACCCAUGGUCAUUGAAGACGACAACAAGCCUGCUCAACAACCCACAGGCGCAGCUGCUGUGUUUGCCGAAAUCAACAAGGGCACUAGCGUUACAGCUGGUCUCCGUAAAGUUGACAAGAGUGAAAUGACGCACAAGAACCCCAGUCUCCGUACAAGCUCUACUGUUGCCGCUCCCACUUCUCCCAAACGUCAAGGACCUCCUACUCCCAACAAACCUGAUAAGUAUACACUCAAGAAAGCUGCCAAGACAUCCCUGGAAGCCAACAAAUGGGUUGUGGAAAAUCACGAGGGAAAUCAUCAAGUAGUGAUUGAGGAAACCGCCAUCAAUCAAGCUGUUUAUAUCUUCAACUGCAAGAAUUCAACUAUUCGCAUUAAGGGUAAGGUGAAUGCAGUGACCAUGGAUUCUUGUACCAAGUGUGGCAUUGCUGUUGAUUCUACUGUCUCUACUGUCGAUAUCGUCAACUCCAAAUCGUUUGCUCUUCAGGUGUUUAAGGUGGUUCCUACCAUUGCUGUUGACAAGUGUGAUAGUGGUGAGAUCUAUUUAUCAAAGGAGUGUUUGGGCGUUGAAAUCUUGUCUGCAAAGUCAACCGCUUUGAAUGUCCUUGUACCCGAGACAGAUGCUGAAGAUAGUGAUUUCAAGGAAGUUCCUGUUCCUGAACAAUUCAAGACUACUAUUGUGGACGGUAAAUUGACUACUGUUACCGUUGAACAUGCAGGAUAA